AUGACCACACACCCCAGCCGUGUGCCUUUGAGGCGACAAUCUGUCGGCAGCAGAAGGCAACGACGUCUCCUUCUCAGCGUGAGACUUCUCAUCAGAGCCCUCCAGUCCACGGGAAACCUGGAAGAUGUUUUGCUCGCCAAAAUGAUCAAAAACACGGUUAAGGAGUGCGUGAGACAGAACCGGGCAGGGGAAAAGAAUGCGGUGCCUCUUCAACAGAACCUGGAGCUCCGAUUGCAAGCGCUUGUGGGGCCACAAAUGUUCAUGGAAGCCAUGGUCAUGGUGGAUUUCUACCAAACCAAAAGGCAGCUACGACGUUAA